CAACGAAUCCACGAGCAGCCUUCAAAAUGAUUCGGUGAUGACAGGAGAGGAGUACGGCAAGAAAUAAAAGUCGUAUAAUUGCAGUGAGCAUUGCAGCACAUCCGCACUUUCUAUCAAGCGUCUAAAGUCCAAAUCGAUCUCAUAGGAGAAAGAACAAUCAAAUGUCUGCAGAAGGCCAGCACCAUGACUUGCCACCCCAGCAAAUCACAGUGAGGAUUCCGGAUGUAGCUUCGGUUGUGAGCUUGGUACCAAAGAAGACGCCUCUUGCGCUGGCGACCACCAAGAUCUCCAAGGUGCCAGCGGGUAGUCUGCUAUGGUCAGAGGAUGGGGCGUAUCUAGCAGCCAUGUCCCCCAAUGCAGUCACCAUCUAUGAUGGCAGAAAUCAAGACCAGGUGGCGGCUUUGACUUUGCCAACAGUUGUGGCAGUGUCCUUCUCUCCACAGAACACCUACUUGACCACCUUCCAACGGCCCGCCCCAGGUUCUGGAAAUGCAGAGAAGAAUCUUAAGGUAUGGGACUGGAGGAAAGGCACGGUGGUGAUGCAGCUCUUUCAGAAGAGCUUCAGCAGGGAUCACUGGCCAGCAGUGGCAUUCACGGCUGAUGAAACAUCCGCACUGCACCUCGUGACAAAUGCUGUCAAUGUCUACGACCCACACAAUUUCUCACAAGGGGUGGCGAAGAAGCUGGCAGUGAAGGGCUUGGCAGGGUUUGCAGUGUCACCAAACACAGCAAAGCCCCUCCUGGCUGCGUACGUGCCAGAGGGUAAGAGCGCCCCCGGCUUUGUGGGCAUCUGGGACUUGAAUCAGCUGAGCAAGGGUGACUCACCUGCGCCCAUUGCACGUCGGUCCUUUUUCAGGGCCAACGCAGCGCAGCUUCUGUGGAAUGCCAAGGGGACUGCCCUGCUGGCGCUGACGUCCUCGGACACAGAUGCCACGAACCAGAGCUACUAUGGCGAGCAGAAGCUUAACUACCUUUCAGCUGAUGGAAAGAAUGACUGCAUUGUCCAGCUCAAGGAGGGGCCGGUGCAUGAUGUGCAGUGGUCACCCUCGGGCGAGCACUUCAUCACAGUGGCUGGCUUCAUGCCUGCCAAGAGCACUGUGUUCACUGAGGCCUGCAAGCCCUUCUUUGAUCUGGGCAGCGGCGGCCACAACCUUGUGAGGUGGAGUCCUCAGGGGAGGUUUGUGGCGGUGGCGGGCUUUGGGAACUUGCCAGGCGACAUCUUGUUCUUCGACAAGAAGGCGGACGGCAAGCUCAAGCAGAUGGGUGCCACAAGGGCUGACAAUGCUGUGAGUUUGGAGUGGGCUCCAGACGGGCGCAGUGUAUUGACAGCCACCACAGCACCCCGCUUGAGGGUGGACAAUGGCUUCCAGAUAUACAAGUACACUGGGGAGAAGCUGCUUGAGCAGAAGGUGGAAGUGCUGCUGGAAGCUCGCUGGCAGCCGGCGCCGCGGGACACAUUCCCCGAUCGGCCGCAGUCGCCUCGGGCCAACGGCAGUGCACCGGCGGCCCCUGCAGCAGCCAAAGCAUCUGGCUAUGUUCUGCCUCACUUGAGGGGCUCUGCAGCAGGUGCUUCGUCCAGCGGCAACUUCAGCCUGGGGCAUGAUCCAAACGACUCUCGCGGCCGCAUUGGUGUGAACGCUCACCACAAGACCCUUGUGCCAGGCGCACCUGCGCCCGACACCAAGACUGCGUCAAAGAACGCCAAGCGGCGGCAACGCGCCAAGGCCAAAGGAGGAGAUGGACAGGCUAGUGAGGACGGUGCAGAGCCCGCCGCCCAAGUCAAGUCCGUCACAGAAGGUGUCUCUGCUCUGACCACAGCUGAGCCUCAGGCGCAGGAGGAUUCCGGCGCAGACGCAGCAAAGCGGCUGCGCAAUCUGCAGAAGAAGCUCAGGCAGGUGCAGCAGCUGAAGGAGAAGCAGGCAGGAGGAGCUGCGCUGGAGCCAGAGCAGCUGCAGAAGAUUGCCUCAGAGGCUGGUCUUUUGCAAGAAAUUAGCAUGCUAGAGGGACAGACUUGA